AUGGCAGGUCGAAGCCGAAGAGCAUGGUUUAGUGUUCUGUUGGGGCUGGUUGUCGGGUUCACCCUGGCUUCCAGACUCAUAUUGCCGAAGGCUACGGAGUUGAAGAAAUCCGGUCAGAAACGCAAGGCGAACCCAGCCGGUUGCGGGUUGAACGGGGGUUUGAGGGGAGAAUACGGUGGGGUAUUGUGGCCCCCGCAAGAUAACGGAUUUUCGGCGACGGAGAAGCCAGUUCCGAGGUCCAACAAUUUCCUUUACGUCGGCGUCAUGACCGCCCAGAAGUACCUGAAUAACCGCGCCAUCGCGGCACAUAGGUAUGUGUAGAAAAGGAAGGAAUGUUGAUUUUUUCUUUUUAACAAGCUACCAUUUUAAGCUAUUAGUUUUUUCUGUCUCAGGGUUUCUGUACACGUCAGUUCUGCUCAUUCCGCUCCCAGUUCUGCUCAUUCCGCUCCCCAUUCAACAAUGUUGCCUACUCUCUGCGAGUUGCUUCAGUCUUCUGCAAAAUUGUUACAAAUGUAAUCGAUACAAAUGUUGCUUGUCACCCUUUAACAGAGUGUCGAUGCCAUGUGUGCCUGCGGUAUCUCUAUUAUGAUAUUCCUUUUUCUUGUAAGCUAUUAAUCACCUCAACGUUAGGCAGGUCAUGUGCUAUCAGCUGUAAAGACAAAACCUUUUUGGAUAUACUGUUAUAGAUUAUAUACAGUCACUACAACUUGUCGUAAGUGAAAUGCAGAAGUCUUUGUUACAGGGCCUAUGUUAUAACAUGCUCUCAACAUUCACACCCACAUUUACCCUACAAAGAUCAUACUUCAGUAGGCCAAAUGUAAUGUUCAGUUUUCCACGCCUUUGCCAACUCUAAACACAAUCGCUUCACAAUUGAGCUGUACCAUUCUGUAGUGUUGGUUUUGCCUUCAGAUGAGCUGCAUAGGCUCUUUGGUAGGCUAGUUUAGUUCCAUUGAGUAAUCUUGGAUGGAGCCAUUGCGAUCUCCAAUUGUGAGGGGUUUCUGUCAGUGUUUCGUUGUAGACUAGCAGUGAUGCUAUUAGGAUAGCUCUAAAUGUAGAGAUGUCUUGUUGGAAAGAGUUAAUAUCAUUAGCCCUGAAAUGUCUUUCAUCUAGGCCCCACUGAAAUGCUGUGAAUGUGAAGCUGAAGGUUUUAUGAAAUUAGGGGUUGGACGGAGAAGAAAGCCUGCAGACUCAACAGGGAUAUCUUUUCAUGGGUCCAGUCAUGUGGAAGAUUGAAUAUAAUUAAGGGGAAAUGUGCUUGCACAUCUGCAAAGACAUACAAGGAUAUCUGUAUUCAAUCAGAUUCAUUAGUAGAGUAGUUUAUUUAGUCUCCCUCGAAUGUCCUUUCAAUGGACCAAUCAGGAUGAACGUCUAGAGAUAGUCCUGAGAAGGAGAUAUCUAACACUGUAUUUUACAUCCACCCACAUGUCUUUAUUUUGGGCCCAAAGUAAAGUCCCAUUUAGUUUAUUUUCAGUGCAGAUCGUGGAAAGCAGGCCUGCUUUUUAGUCUCAGUUGUUAGUUAAUUACUAGAUCCCCAUUCAAACACAGUUCUUUAUCCUAAUAAAACAUUACUGGUGCUCAGUUGGGUAUUUAGUGGGCUCAAGUCUGUCUGUGAACCUCUUGUAAAUACAUAUUAGUACCCAAGUUAUGCCCUGCUAUUACAUGUCGCUCAUCUCUUUUAUUUUACAUUUUAGUCAUUUAUUAGACGCUGUUACAGUAGUGAGUAUAUACAUUUUCGUACUGGUCCCCCGUGGGAAACGAACCCACAACCCUGGCGUUGCAAGCGCCAUGCUCUACCAACUGAGCCACAUGGGACUGUCUAUCUAUGUCCUCCGUGGGCCCAGAUAUGUGUGUAUGUGUUAGAACUCUACCCCUGCUCUCCAUCCUAUCGAGUACCUGACCUCUGCCGCCCUCUGCCCGUGUCUCUCUCUAUUUAGAACGUGGGCUCAGACCAUCCCGGGCCAUGUGGAGUUCUUCUCCAGCGAGGGCUCGGACACCACCAUCCCCAUCCCCAUCGUGGCUCUGCGCAACGUGGACGACUCGUACCCGCCGCAGAAGAAGUCCUUCAUGAUGCUCAAGUACAUGCACGACCACUACCUGGACCAAUACGAGUGGUUCAUGCGGGCCGACGAUGAUGUGUACAUCAAGAGCGAGCGUCUGGAGAGCUUCCUGCGCUCUCUCAACAGCAGCGAGGCCCUCUUCCUGGGCCAGACGGGCAUGGGCGCCCGCGACGAGCUGGGCAAGCUGGCGCUGGAGCCCGGCGAGAACUUCUGCAUGGGCGGCCCCGGCGUGAUCAUGAGCCGCGAGGUGCUGCGCAGGAUGGUGCCCCACAUCGGCCAGUGUCUGCAGGAGAUGUACACCACGCACGAGGACGUUGAGGUGGGCCGCUGUGUGCGGAGGUUUGCCGGCGUGCAGUGCGUCUGGUCCUACGAGGUAAGAGCAAAGAUGGCGGCUGGUCGUAUUGUAUACUGCAGUUAG